AUUGUUUUGGUAGCCCAACGGCGAGUCAUGACAUAAGUCACUCAACAAAACAAACUGUGGCGGUAUUUUAAUCUCUGAGAUGCGUCUUGUAGCGUGCGAAAUUGGGGCCGGCUACACUCUUUUUGUGAUUGGACGUUACUCUCAUGACGUCUGACGAAAGCAAAUUUAAAAAUAUUUAUAGCCAUCCAUCCAGCAAUCGGGAGAUACAAUUUCAAUCAAUGGCGCUCGCAGUUCCCGGCGACGAAGAAACGCCACUCGUCGGCGGCGACACACUCGAAUCGCCCAAGAGCCACCACACGAGGGAUAUUCACAUCUUGAGCUUCGCCUUUCUCUUAGUUUUUCUCUCCUUCGGUGCUGCUCAGAAUUUGCAGAGCACUUUAAACACUGAGGAUGACUUGGGUACCACAUCGCUUGGGAUCCUCUAUUUGUCUUUCACAUUCUUCUCCGUGGUUGCUUCCUUGGUGGUGAGAGUUCUCGGCGCCAAAAACGCUUUGCUUAUUGGGACAACUGGCUAUGUGCUUUAUGUGGCUGCCAACUUGAAGCCUACUUGGUAUACAUUGGUUCCUGCUUCUGUGUAUCUUGGGUUUUGUGCUUCCAUAAUAUGGGUUGGAGAGGGAACAUAUCUCACUUCUGCUGCACGCAGCCAUGCUACAGAUAACAACUUGCAUGAAGGUGCAGUAAUUGGUGACUUCAAUGGGGAAUUCUGGGCUGUGUAUGCACUCCACCAGUUUAUUGGAAAUCUUAUUACAUUUUUUGUACUGAGCGAUGAUGAGCAGGAGGGAAUGUCCAAAGGCUCAACAUUAUUGUUUGCUGUAUUCCUUAUCAUUAUGACCUUUGGUGCAAUACUAAUGUGCUUCUUGCGCAAACGGCGUGCUAAUAGUAAGGGACAGCAUGAGCUUUCAGGUGCAGAUGCUGGUGCGUGUGCGUCCUUGAAGUCUCUAUCUAAAUCACUUGCAAAUGCAUUGUCUGAUGUUAAGAUGUUGCUGGUCAUACCCCUUAUUGCAUAUUCUGGUCUACAGCAAGCAUUUGUGUGGGCUGAAUUUACCAAGUACGUUGUGAAACCUGCAAUUGGUAUUUCCGGUGUGGGUAGCUCAAUGGCAGCUUAUGGGGCUUUUGAUGGAAUAUGUUCCUUGCUUGCUGGUCGUCUCACCUCUGGUCUCUCGUCUAUUACGUCUAUAGUUUCUGUUGGAGUUUUUGCUCACGCAGUCGUAUUAAUCUUACUUCUGCUAGAUUUCAGCAUAACUAGCGGAUGGCUUGGUACUCUUUACAUACUCUUUUUGGCUGGUUUAUUGGGCAUCGGUGAUGGAGUUUUCAUGACGCAACUUAAUGCAUUGAUUGGAAUACUAUUUAAGCACGACACGGAAGGGGCUUUUGCGCAGCUAAAGAUAUGGCAAUGCGCUAUAAUCGCAAUGGUGUUCUUUUUCGCCCCGUUGAUCUCCUUCAAAGCUGUGGUUGUGAUUAUGCUUGCGUUCCUUUGCUUCUCAUUCAGCAUUUUUCUAUGGCUUGCUCUGAAGGUGGGGAAGUCAUCAUCAUCACCGUCCAACAGUCAGUGAAUUUAAAUCUCCUUCAACUGCAAACAUUGUAGAUUUUCUUAUACAUCCUCUGUUUGUCUUCUCGCGUGUAACACGUCCAAUCGUUGGGCUAUGUCUGUAUUUUAUGCAACGAGCUGUAUAAAUUAAAUUGUGACAAAUAUCCGUGUGUUUGGUAACACAUUUGUUACCACUGGACGUGGAUCCGCGAAAUAAUUAAUAGUUGCUUUUGAAUUGUUUUUACGUGAA